CUUACAAGAAUGAUAACCUGGUCAAGUGGUCAACCACAGCGGGUAUAUAUAGAACCCGGUGCAGCUAUCGGGUGGUUUGUGUCCGGUGAUUUCGUAACUUCUUGAGCCCAGUAAUUUUCCCAACUCCAUUGUUUGCGUCGAGUCAGGGACAGGAUUGAACCACCAUGACCUUUCUCUCCACGCUGAUAUUCCUUGGCAUAUUCGGCCUCAUCCUACCUUCGAAGAGUGUGGUUGCAGUAUCAGUGCCAAGUUUCGACUUGCCACAUCGCGGAUGUUAUUUCACCAACUGGGCUCAGUAUCGCACCGGAAAUGCCAAGCAUACCGCCAGCGACAUAGACGCCAGUUUAUGCACCUACAUUAUGGUGGCUUUCGGAAAAAUUGACGGAGGUCAGCUGGCUAUUCGUGAAUGGAACGAUGAAGCGACCUUUGCAACACUAAGCAAACUUCGCUCCGCCAACCCAAAGCUGAAGAUUUUGCUGAGCAUUGGUGGUGCCACAACGAGUAACCGAGUGGCGGAUAUGGCAGCCGCGCCAGCGGCAACGCAGCAGGCUUUUGCUAAAUCCGCUGUGUCGCAGCUACGAAAGUGGGGUUUGGAUGGACUGGACAUUGACUGGGAAUUCCCAGAAGCCGCACAGAAGGUCCAGUUUGUUAACCUUGCCAAGACUCUGAAAAAUACAUUCGAAAAAGACGCAAAGCAGCCCCGCUUAUUAUUAACCGCUGCGGUCCAGGUUACAACCCACAAGGGAUACGAUGGUCCAGCUCUUAACGGCUUGCUCGAUCUGGUACAAGUUAUGGCCUAUGAUUUAUAUGGAGCGUGGAGUCCGUCAAAGACCGGUCACGAAGCUCCUUUGCUGAAGGGACCUUUUGGUGUGGAAGGUGAUCUGUCCGUGGCAAGUGUGAUGAAAUCGUGGGUUGAUCUGGGUUUUAACAAGAGCAAGCUCGUUGUGGGUCUGCCGCUGUACGGACGCGGCUGGACAGUGUCGGGGAGCAGCGUUGGGUUGGGUGGCGCGGCUACUAGCGCUAUGCCCGCCAGUAAGUAUACGACGGAAGUAGGCAACUGGCCGUAUUACGAAAUCUGCGAAUGGAUCAAGCAGAAGAAUGCAAAAGUGACCUUUGACAACAACAUCAAGGCAUCGUAUGCUCAGGCUGCCGGUGUUUGGGUGGGCUACGACGACAAGGCCACAAUUACAGAAAAGACUAAAUGGGCUAAAGCAGACGGUUACGCUGGGGUGUAUGUUUGGGAUCUUGCCCAGGACGACUUUAAAAAUAUUUGCGGUGAAGGAAAGUAUCCUCUCCUGAAUGCCAUCAAGAGUGUCCUCAAACCAUAAAGAAAAAUUUUUAAGUCGAAGGAUGUAAAAUCCAUUUUUACACACGUUGAAAAUGCAUGAUUCUCACAUAGCGGUAGGGGGAAUGGUGUGGGUGUUUGGUUCAGAAAUUAGAACGGUGGUGGACCUGAUUGCUGCAAACCGUUCAUGCAUGCUGCAAGCAGAUUAUGAAUUGUUAUUU